AUGGCUGGAUCAUCAAGUGAAAUUAGUGAAUCCUUAAAUGGUUGGAUGAACAAUAAUUCUUCUAUUGUCUCAUAUGUCUUAAUAAAUGCUGAUGGAAUACCUUUAAAAUACAACGAAGAUGUUUCAUACGAACAUGCUGUCAAACAGGCGUCCUUAUUUUCAGAUUUAUUAACAAAAACAAAAAAGUGUGUUAAAGAAUUACUCCCACAAGAAAAUGAAUUUAUUAGCAAUUUACGCAUUCGAACCAAAAAAGAAACAGAAUAUAUUUUAUGUAAUCACGGUGAUUAUUCUUUAAUAACACAUCAAAAUUGCAAGGAUAUGCAACAUAAGAAAAAAAAAAUAAAAACUUGA